AGCAAUGGUGAGACUGGAAGAUGGAGACAAUUUGUGUGAUGGGAGAGUGGCGAUUUUUCACAACUCCACUUGGGGAACAGUUUGCAGUGAUUACUGGGACCUACAAGAUGCACAGGUGGUGUGUCAGCAGCUCAACUGUGGGAGAGCAAUCCGGGCCACCACUGGAGCAUCCUUUGGACAGGGCAGUGGACCAAUCUGGUUGGAUGAUGUGCUGUGUGAUGGAACCGAGUCAAGUCUCGAUCAGUGUGUUGCGACACACUGGGGUGAGCAUAACUGUCAACACUACGAGGAUGCUGGAGUUCAGUGUUCAGGUCCACUGCCCCCCAGACUGCAAGAGGGCCUUCAUGCGUGUUCAGGAAGAGUUGAAAUUUACAAGAAUUCCUCGUGGGGCACUGUUUGUGACCAUGAGUGGGAUAUCAUGGAUGCCUCAGUUGUCUGCAGGCAGCUCAGGUGUGGGGUUGCUGUGUCUGUGAACAGCAGCUUUGGCCCAGGAGAAGAUCCCAUCUGGCUGGAUAAUUUUCGAUGCGUUGGGACCGAGGGCACCAUCAAUGAGUGCCCAAGAGAGCAGAGGAAUAUCAACAACUGCACACACAGUCAGGAUGCUGGAGUUACUUGCUCAGGACGUUUCCCUGUCAGACUGGUCGAUGUGAACAGCAGGUGCUCAGGAAGAGUGGAGAUCCUUUACAAGUCCACCUGGGGGACAGUCUGUGACGAUGGUUGGGAUCUCACCAAUGGAGACAUUGUCUGCAGACAGCUGAACUGUGGGAAGUCUGAGUCCAUAACUGGGGCUUAUCGUGGACAAGGUGGCGGGGAGAUCCUGCUCAGUGGGGUCAGAUGUAAUGGAACGGAAGACUCACUGGACCAAUGCAUUGCCAACCCACUCGGUGCCAAUCACAGUGCUGGAUGUCAACAUGCUGGAGUCAUCUGCUCAGUUUUCAGACCAGGCAGGAAACUCUGGUUGUUCAGGAUGUUACCAUGGGAAUGAAGCAGAAAUUGCCAGUCACCAUGCC